UGAAAUCACGCUUACAGGACGAGCAGCUUGCAGCUCGGACGCGCUGAGCCUCAGGACGCUUUAACGUUCCUGAGGCUGAAAAUGCUUGGUUGGCAAAAAAAAAAAAAAAAAAAAAAAGCAGCAGACGGAUGUUUUUAUCACGAGUUUUAGCUGGAGUGUCUCAGAGCUGCGAGCACAGCAGAUAUCUGUCCACACGGAGAGAGGACAGCUGAGCUGAGGUGGGACGCGGCCCUCUCCUUUCGCAGAGCCUGCUGUUAUGGCUCGGUACCUGAAGUAUUUCACCACUGUGGGCGAUCAGCAGCCGAGUCAGCUGGAAGAAGAGGAGCUGCACACGGUCAGCGAGGAGUUGGGUCCGGCUACAGGACAGUUUCCAACCAAUCUGAGCUUCAGGGACUCACUGAAGAGGCUCUACAGCUCUGACCGGUUCCAGGUGUUGGUGGUGUGUUUGGUGAUCCUGGAUGCCAUCUUUGUUCUGGCUGAGCUGCUCAUAGAUCUGUCUGUGAUCAAGUUGGAGCACGGCCACCUUGCUCCUGAGGUGUUUCAUUACCUGAGCUUGGCGCUGCUCACUUUCUUCAUGGUGGAGCUGGCUGGUAAGAUUUUUGCUUACCGCCUGGAGUUCUUCCAUCACAAGUUUGAGGUGUUUGAUGGUUUGGUGGUGGUGUUGUCCUUCGUGUUGGACGUUGUCUUCGUCUUCCAUGAGGACGCCUUUGAUGCAACGGGUCUCCUCAUCCUGCUGCGACUCUGGAGGGUGGCCAGAAUUAUCAAUGGUAUCCUGGUGUCAGUGAAGACUCGUGCAGACCAGAAGAUCCACAAGUUGAAGGAGAGCUACGACCACCUUGUUGAAAGAAUCACAGAACUACAGGCCCGCAAUGAUAAACUGGAACAAGAGAAGGAGAAACUUCAAGCCCUCCUGAGGAAGAAUGGCAUAGGCUUCUAACUCUGAUUAACUGUCAUGGAGCCGCUCUUCAGUGUCAUUUAUACCACAAACCUGUCUGCAUCAUGGUUUUUAAUUUUCACACUAUACAUUCCAUGAUAAAGCAUUACUGUAGACCUGUUGAAUCAUUCCUACUACCUGUUUACAUAAUCUUUAGAGUUACUACAUUAACUGUAGAAAAACCAUCUCAUUUUGACUGUGUAAAUGAAUCCAUAUUCAGUUUUCCUGUCACUAUAGUGAUGGAACCCAGCUAAAGAUCUGUAUUUAAUAAAUUAAAUAAUCUGCUGAGUGACAUUUAGAAGCACUGUAUGUUAUGUAAAAA